AGUUAUUUAAAUCAUUUGGGAUUUUCGUCAAAAAUGUAGCAGUCCAGCUGCAAAAAGUCGCCGGUUAGUGUUAGUUUCAGAGAAGUUGUCGAGUGAAAGUGGAAAUCUUCUGAUUAUCAAACAGAUUGUUUUUGGUUAAAUGAAGAUCUAAAUGAUGAACCUGGGGACAAAACGCAGCAGGCGUGGAAUCAUCAGGUCCUUCCUGAAAGCAUGUCUAAUCUCAAAAUGCAUUGAGUCCAGAUCAACCAAUGCCAUGUUUUAGUCUUUGGCAAUUUAAUUAAAAACAGCUUUUUGGGGAAUAUCCAGCAUGUGAGCACAUUUGCAAAAAUAAUAAAAAUCUCAAAGUUGGAUUUUGGCUCAAGGUCUCAUGACAUGUUUGUACAGUUAGCAAAUAAAUUCAUAGAUGUGCACACGUGCAAAGUUUAACCAGUACCAUGCAGAAGACACUGCCCAUAUGGGUCAUCCACCACAAAUAGGGUAAUGUGAAUAGGAUAGAAGUGCGUGUAGUACGUGCUUUGAGGGUGACCCUAAUUAGAGUGACAGCCUGCUGUGUUAGUGUUUCUCCAUUGGUUUGAUCCAUUUAACGAGAGCUCGAAUUAAAGUCGCAAACGUUGGACCUCCCUGCAUUUAAUUCAUUGGCCAUGGAACGAGAUGGAGAACCCAUGCUUUCUAUGUUACAGCGGUGCAAGAAAGCUUGUGUGAAAACAGAAGAUCAUUCCCUUCUAUCUUGUUAAAGUUGUGAUCUCUGCGUCACCAUCAGUCGCCUACAUUUGUAGUUGAUUAUUAAACGCAUUUGGCAGAAGAGAUAGAGCGCCCCCUGAUGGCUAUACAGUCAAAACGUAAACAUCAGCGCGAGUUGGUUCACAGUCGCCCAUGCGCAAUUAAUGGACACGGACAAGCCCUGCAGGAUAUGAAGAGCGGGUUGAGACUGGACUGGAAACAGACACGAGAGCACUCUGCAGUCUGAGCUAUCGGAGUGAAGGAGCAUCAUGGCUGCAAGGUUCUGUGGACUCCUCGCCCUUCUGUGUCUCGGUGGACUGGAUGCAUCGAGACCAGCUGUAAACCAGGAACUGUCCACUAUUUUCAAUGAGCUGUGGGUGUUGGAUGUGAACCGCAUGACGCCUGCGACGGACUACACGAUCUCUGUUCAGGGUAGAGCCAGUUUUGUAAACCAAGGCAGCCAUGUUGUACGGGAUCACGCUUCACAGCCUCUGUUCUCCAAUGUUAACGAGACCAAACUAACGAACACAACCACCUACUCCCUGUUCAUAAAUCUCCUGGACAACUUUGAGCGGUCCACAGGCGUGGCUGAACGAGUCACAACAGAGGAGCUGACGGAGAUUAAUCUCUUCCUGGAUGCUGUCUUGGAGACAGAAGUCAUGAAGAGGGCUCAUCGGUACCUGGUGAGCAAAGCACAGUCCAGCGCUGACCUGAGGCACUUUAAGAGUCAGCUGUAUUUGAUCUGGUUCCACCUCUACCACAGGCGUAGGAACACAGGCCUGGACUCCUGUGGAUUCGAGCAUGUGUUCGUUGGAGAGACGAAAUCUGGGACAGAAAUCAUCGGUUUUCACAACUGGAUCCAGUUCUACCUGCAAGAAAAAAACUUGCACUUGGACUACAAAGGAUACAAGGCCAAGGAUUAUGACUUACCCGAUCAAGACGACCACGUUCUGAACCUCCAGUUCAGCUGGCACGGUUUGGUGAAGCCCGUUGGCAGCGCCUUCAUCGGGACAAGCCCUGAGUUUGAGAUGGCGCUCUUCACCAUCGUCUUCCUCAUGAACACAGAGAGGAGCACCACAGUGCUGGUCAACAUCGACCAGUGUCGGAUGGAGCUGGUGGUCAUCAGACAUGGACGCUCCCUCGGGACGGCGUACCCAAAACUGCUCAGCAGCAACGGCAGACAUGUUAGGCCGCAGCACUCGCACUGAUGUGGAGUAUCUACUGACCCAAAGUGAUACUCAUAUUAUAAUGUUCAUGCCCAACAAGCUGAGGCACAAAUGUACUGCGGUUUAGUUUAGAUGCCACAGACCUUCUUAGUAUAUGACAUGUGUAAACAUCUGUAAUUUUUAUCAAGACAACUGUAAACUUGAUUCAUUUGUCAUAAAAAAGCUAUUUCAAUAAAGUUAAUUGAUGGUUUUGAAAGUCAA